AUGCAGAAGAGGAUGGGCGAGGCGGUGGCCCGUGUGGCCAGGAAGGUGAACGACACGGUGGAGAACAAAACGGAUUCCCUGGAUCUGGCCAACUGCAAGCUGAUGACCUUCCCUGUUGGAAUCUACAAAGCCAUGAGGAGCGUCACCGAGGGGAUCCAUCGCAUCUCCCUGGCAAACAACGAGCUCAAGUCCAUCACCAGCCGAUUUGUCACCACCUUCAGCCAGCUGAGAGAACUCAACCUGGCAGGCAACUACCUGCACCGCCUGCCCGAGGAAAUCACCUCCCUGCUGCACCUCCGGGCCAUCGACCUCUCCCGAAACAGGUUCCGGCGCUUCCCCGAGCCCCUGGCCACUGUCCCCUCCCUGGAGACCAUCGACCUGGAAGAGAAUGAGAUUGCAGAGGUGCCGACGGAGAAGUUGGCGUCCAUGGCAUCGCUGCGGAGCCUCAACCUGCGGGACAACCCCGUCGGCCCCGAGGUGCGGCUGCUCGUCCGGCCCCUCGUCCCCUUCGACCUGCUGCUGUCCCCAGAGGAGCCCGUCCCUGAAGCCUGACAGGGUCUCGGGGU